AUGGUGAAGAGUGCGCAUACGUACCGUGAUGCCGGCAACUGGGGCAUAGGCGGGGGCUUUUGUUGUGGACAUGGAGGACAUGGCCUAGGCGGGAUGCCCCACCAGUGUUUGCCACCACCGCCGCCCAGUGAUGAAGAGGGUGAGGACACCGUUUCGGAUGUCAAUCCCUUCUGCGACCAGCAAGUGCGCCAUGAAGCCGAAGUCUUAGACGAGUAUGACCUUCGUGACAAUCGGCAUUUGGCCCCAGGUUAUGUGGUUUUUACGAAGCCACAUCAUCGUGAAUCUCACCGUGAGACCGAGGGUUUCGGCGAGUCACGCUGGGGGUCGGAUUUUUGGGUGGGCCCAUCUUUUACUUCUUCGAUGUGGGCUGGAGGUGCAAUCGAUGGGUCGAUUUACAGUCUACAGGUCAUGGGUUCACGGGUAUUGUUUGCCAAAGAUUCUAGCGACCCCGACAUGACCGGUUUCAAUGACGGCCCGCCGGUAUUCGAUGAAGGUCCCGAGAAGGUGGAGGAGCGUCUAAUCGGCGAGGUGGGCAGUCUCUACGAUGGUCUGUUGGUUUUCAAGGAGAAGCCUUCAGUGUCGGAGGAAGAGAAGAGCACUACGGAGAUUAUUGCUAGGGUCGGGGGACCGCUCUUGGAUGAGUUUUAUUUGUUGCAAAGGAGGGCGCAACCCGUGGAUUUGGAUGUGGUUGAUGUGAAGAUUAAUAAAUUGAUGCCCGAGCUGGGUUUUGCGCAUGAGAAUGGAGAUAAGCUUGUUGCAUUCUUUAGUGGAGGGUGGCAGAUGAGGAUGUCACUUGAGAAGAUCUUGCUAUGGGAUCCAGAUUUGUUGCUUUUAGAUGAGCUGACAAAUCACCAUGACCUUGACCUUAACAUUUAUUAUUAUUAA